AUGGCAGGACGGCCCAAGCUUCACUACUUCAAGGGGAGAGGCCGAAUGGAAACUAUCCGGUGGCUCCUGGCUGCUGCUGGAGCGGAGUUUGAAGAAGAACUUUUUGAAACUCGUGAAGAAUUUGAGAAAUUAAUUCAAGGUGGAACCCUGAUGUAUGAACAAGUGCCCAUGGUAGAAAUUGAUGGGAUGAACUUGGUUGAGACCAGAGCUAUCCUAAGAUAUGUAGCUGCAAAAUAUGACUUAUAUGGAAGGAACCUCAAAGAACAAGCUUGGAUUGACAUGUAUGUGGAAGGCUUGAGGGACCUCAGUGACAUGAUUAUGUUUCUUCCACUCUCUUUGCCCGAGGAGAAGGAAAUGAAUCUUGACUACAUCCUUGACAGGGCCUCACAAAGAUUCUUCCCCGUCUAUGAGAAGGCACUACGAGACCACGGACAAGAUUUUCUUGUGGGCGAUCGGCUGAGCUGGGCGGAUGUACAGCUCCUUGAAGUCAUCUUUAUGUUGGAAGAGUGCAAAACUGGCAUUCUUUCGGACUUCCCUCUGUUACAGGAUUUCAAGGCAAGAAUUAGCUGCAUUCCAACCAUUAACAAAUUUCUUCAGGCUGGAAGCCAGAGGAAGCCUCCACUAGAUGAAGCCUCCAUUGAGACUGUGAAGAAUAUAUUCAAAUUUGAACGUGCUUCCCACACGCCCCGCGCCCCGACGUCGGGCCCGCGCAGGGUGCAGCCAGCGGCCCUCGGCCGGUCCCGCCUCGCGUGGCCCGCGCCGCCCGCGCCGCCCAGAGGCCCGGGGCGCCGGCGAGGAACGCCCGGGCAGACCGGCGAGGGGCGCUCGGGCUCAGUCCGACAGCGUGGCAGGGGCGCCGCGCGCGUGGCCCUCCCUCGGGGCAGCGCUCGGUCCCCGGCCCGCCCGCAAGGACCCUCCCCGGGCCCGGGCCCGCCCCGCCGCUUUGAUGGAGGUGCCAACAUCUGGGGGAGGGCGGAGGUGCGGCGGCGGCCGGGCCAGAUUUGCAUGAAACGGACGCCCGGAGCCCGGGGGCUCCACCCCGUCCCCCGGCCGUCGGGUCUGAUAUGCCCGCGCGCCGCCCUGCGCAGCCCGCCGGCGCUUCAAAGGGCGCGCGGGCCAAUCCCGCGCCCCGCAGCCCUAUUUAGGGCCGGGGACCGCGCGGCUCGCAGACCGACGGCGGCGGCGUCCGAGUGGGAAGCGCCCUCCCGGCCCACCGGCCCCGGCUCGCUCUCCUGCGGGGCCCCCUUCUCGGGGCGAAGGGGCGCGCGGCCGGGGCGCUCCGACGGCGGCGGGAGGAUGAGCUCCCCGGGAGCCGAGGGCGCGGGCAAGACCCUGCAGUACCGCGUGGACCACCUGCUGAGCGCCGUGGAGAGCGAGCUGCGCGUCGGCAGCGAGAAGGGGGACCCCACGGAGCGCGAGCUGCGCGUGGGCCUGGAGGACGGCGAGCUGUGGCUGCGCUUCAAGGAGCUCACCAACGAGAUGAUCGUCACCAAGAACGGCAGGAGGAUGUUCCCGGUGCUGAAGGUGACCGUGUCGGGGCUGGACCCCAACGCCAUGUACUCCUUCCUGCUGGACUUCGUGGCCGCCGACAGCCACCGCUGGAAGUACGUGAACGGGGAGUGGGUGCCAGGGGGCAAGCCCGAGCCGCAGGCGCCCAGCUGCGUCUACAUACACCCUGACUCCCCCAACUUCGGGGCGCACUGGAUGAAGGCGCCCGUCUCCUUCAGCAAAGUCAAACUCACCAACAAGCUCAACGGAGGGGGCCAGUCAGGGCAGGUGCGAGCGGGGGAGCCAGGGGGUGGGGUGCCAGGCGGCGGUGCCCCCUCCACGCCCACUGGCCCCAUACAAAGCUGA